AUGCAGUCACCCUUCAAGGAAGUUUCAGUCUGCAAGUGAUUACUAGCUUAUUACAAAGUCUUUUCAGAUUCCCACAACUUGCAAUCACCUGGGAAAUACAAUGGUAUUUAAUAACUGGUAAAGUCUGGACAUACCUUCCCAGUAUGUUUAUUUUUCUGUAUAUCUUUUAUUCUCUCACCCAAAGCAGAUGUUAAGAUAUGGUGGCCAAGACACGCUGCCAGAAGAUAUCAGGUCAAAUCACUUAACUUUGUUUUGCUUCAAUCCCACAACUAAUUAAAUCACUUGUUUUUACAUUGAACCCUAAUAAAACACCGCUAGAUAGCUGCACUGUGAUCUCUUGGCCACACUUAUAAAAAAAAAUAUGAGCACAUGGGAAAUCAACAAUGCAGACAAAGACUUCUAAAAUUCAUAUUUCAUACCAUAUGUUUCAUAUUUUUUUAACAGGAGAUUUUUAUCUGUCCUAAUGUGGCUAGUAGGAAUAAUUACUAUGGGUUUUUCUGGAAAUGCUAAAAUAAUUGCACUGCAGUGAGAGGGGUAGAUGUGCUCUUAGUCUGGCACUGCAGUCUUUGAAUCUAUAAAGUUCCCUUGGAAAGAUUAUGGAAACCAAAUUCAGCAAGUCCUUUCUUACCCAUUCCACCUUUUGCAGCGGAGAAUUAAAGCAAGUUUAUAAGGCAACUGACGCAUUCAUUCAUUCAUGGGCUUUACCCACUGGCACAACCACCCACAAAUGGUUUCACUCAUAAGCAGCACAAACCGCAGUAGGAUUGUGGGAUACACAUUCCAGAGGGGAUGAGAUGUGAUUGGAAGGCACAACAGAAGUUCUGCAGAAACCGUGCAGAUUAGCAUCAAAGUCAAACAAUCCAUGCCUCUUUCUAGCCCCAAUGGGAAUUUCGAACAGGUAAAGAGCAGAAUAGGUGAGAGGUGGAAUAUUUGCAAAACUUGGGAAUACUUAUUUUUGGGAAAGGGGGGGUAACAAAACCAGAAGAGAUAAGCCACUUGCUCAGGUGAUGGUCAAGGGCAGAAGUCAAGAACCUAUAGCCACUUCUACAUGUCCUCUCAUAUUCCCUGGCAUCUGGGCCAGGACUGUCCAUGUCAGGCUUCCUCAACCUUGGCCCUCCAGAUGUUUUUGGCCUACAACUCCCAUGAUCCCUAGCUAGCAGGACCAGUGGUCAGGGAUGAUGGAAUUGUAGGUUGAGGAAGCCUGGUCCAUGUAGCUGCAACCUGUUUUUAGCCAAAUGUCCCACAUCAUUUUCCUCUGAUCUCCACUACAUGUAGGUAUGCUACGAUCCUUGGGAAUCCAGAUUCUCAGCUAGACAACAGAACAGUCCUGGUUUAAGAAUACAUGAAUGCAUAACAUUUUAAAAAAUGUUUAUUUCUCUUCCAGACCCAUCUUGCAUGAAGUCAGGCCAUUGGUUCCACAUUGCCCAGUACAGUGACAGCAAAUGUCUUCCCCAGCUCUGCUACCUGAAAGACUUUUAACUGGAGAUGUCACAGCUGAACUACGACCCUUCCCCAGGAAUGACUCUUCUCGGUACUUAAAAAAAAAUCAGUAAAGAACUGCAAACAAACUUAGAGUUUCCCCCCCAAACAGGUCAUAAAGUAUGUUUCAAUUGUGUCACUUAGGUGCUGUAGAUUUGAACUGAUCUUGCGAAAUAAACUACACAAGAGUUUAAUCACAGAUGCAUAGAUUUGUUAAGGCUACAAGAAAUUGGAUGUAACAUUUGAUCCCUGAAACAGAAGCCAGCAGCUCAAACAGGAUGCUGGCUUCAGCCUGCCAUAAAGACAGAGCAACAGCUAGCAACAUGCCAUGCUUAACUAAGGGUGAUAAUGGCUGAACAAACAAUAAGAGAUAAGGCAUCAGCCACUAUCAGCCUGUAACUAACCCAGUUGAUCAGUCAGGAACUCCUUUGUAUUGCUAACACAACAGUCAAAUCCUGAACCAUCAAGUCACCUAGAACAAAAGGCAAUUUUCCUUCAAAAAGGUAGGGUAAAAUGUUUUUAUUUAAACUUUUUUUAUCAGAUGCACCACAAAUCUCAUUCAACAACCUAUCUCUAGUUACUUUUUGCUUUUGCAGAAGACUGAUAAUUUAAAGAUUUCAGAGGCAAAUAAAUCCAUUUCAAAAAUGUGUAAAAAUUGCUGUUUUGAUAAAGACAAUAUUUUAUUUAGCACAGUACAUAAAUAAUGGUAUAUUUCUACUUACAGAUUUAACAUGAAAAUUAUCCUCGCCCAACAUCCUUUGGUUUGUGGCAGUAAAUUAUUUUCCAUAUAUAUAGCAACAAAAAUAUUAAGUGUACACCUAAUACAGAACUAUAGAUGACAAUAAGAAACCUUGUAUUAUUGAAAUAAAAUCUAAUAGAAAAAGACAUGUAUUACUCUUUGCCUAAUACUAUUUUGAUAGCAAAAUAGCAAAAGCAAUUUGCAGGUUUUAAUGAAGUUCAGAAUUGUGGACAAUGUAACAAGUCCAUGUUCUGUUUACGUUAGUAACAGCUCUAAAACGGAAAGGCAGACUAGAAAUAGUUAUCAUAGCACAAUCCACAAAUGACAGAACGCUGUAUAAUAGCUCUUAAACCUCCCUUCAUCUCCCUCCACAACUUAGAUAACAUCAUUUAAAAUGCUUUGAUUUAACUGAUUUGUGGAAUAGGCUUUUCGUGCCAUUAAAUAACUCAACCAACGUAGAUGCAACUUUGCAUGCUUACCUGCUCUGUGGAUCAUAGCCUUGGACAAAUAUUAUUCAGCAAUCAAGUACUACAGAAUAUUCAGCUCUUUAAAGAAAUCAAAAUUGGACAUUUUUGUUGAAGGAUGCAAGUUAGAAAAUACUUUUGAAAAACGGUAGAAAGUUCAAACUAUAUCAAGUUAGCAUCUGUGAUGAAUUGGCUAGAACAUAAAACACUUUGCUCACAAUUCCUACAUUUAUAUAUGCCUAUAAUAUAUUUGACAAAGACAAACAUUUGUUUUGGUACAAGCAUCUCAUAAAAAUAGAGCAUAGUUUUUAAAUAAGUUGAUGACGUUAACACCCAUUCUGCAUAUUUAAAGCUUGUCUGAUUGUAAAUGAACAUUUUUAAAAAAAAUAUUCUUAUCCCUUACUGAAAAUAUAAAUAACUAACACAAGAAAAAUCAAUUUACACUAAGGAUUGUGACCUCUUUAUUAGCCAUGUAACCAACUUAAUAUCGCUUCAGAGUCCCACACUUGACUUAGCAGUAUCUUCUUCGCUGUGUUCAGAAACAUGGGUGCUGACUUUUGCACAGCAGCCCCCACCCUCCACCCAACGAGCAAAUUGGCUUAUAUUUAAUUUUUAAACACAUUUGGCUUUGACUUUUCUGUUUUUGGCAGUCAAGAUGAUCACACUGUAACAGAUAUUAUGUUGGAGGGCAUUCUGUUACGUUAUUAUCUACGCUACAAAUGGCAAUGUCCUUUGAGCUACUUUCAUCCACAUAGCCAAGGAAAAUGAAAAUAGUGACUCACCUGCACUGCUUCCUGCCUCCUAAAUGAACUCGUGUAUGUAAUUAAUUGCGCCAUCUUAUCGAAAAGGUAAAAGACCUCCAUGUGUUACUACUACUCAUAGUUUAUCCAUGAAUAAUUCACAUUUUCUUUAUUUCUUUAUAAAUACUGUAGUUCUGCCUAGUAGGCUGUCCUGAUGUGAAUGGGAACUAUGUGACUGCACGGUGUUCUCACACUAUUUCUAUUUACAUCGGAAGCCAAGACUGCACAAAUUGUGGCCCUUGGGUGUGCUCCCCACCAUGUACUGAAGGCUUCUACCUGUUUUACAGAUCCAGUCCAACUGGGGCCAUAAAUGCAGGUGCUUUAGACCAAACACCCGAGGAUUCACAAUACACAACUGGUGUCCCACCCAGAGAGGACAUCUUGUGCAUGCCUGUCAUAAAUGUUUGAGAACAGUAAAACGUUCCUAAGGGACUCUCCUGAAUUUCAAUAGAAAUUCCAUACCACGCUUCACUAACUUUAUGCUUAGAAUCAAAGAAAACUAACAUGGAUAUGUAUGUGGCAAAGCCGAGUCUCUGUUGGCCUGCUUCCAUUUUUAAAAGCCCCAAACUCUUACUUUGCAGAAUCAGCCAACUUAGCCUGUUUUACAGAUACUCUAUAUCCAUCACAGGUGGUGACCCAGUUUACAAGUUAGACUCAGCUAAGCCACAGUUUGGUCCUGAGCAGCAUGUCUGCAGCAGGACCAAGGGAGGGGACCUGAGACUGUGAUCUUGAUUCCAGGAACCCACACAUUUGCUUAUUGUGUUAAACCAGGGUUGGCUUAGGGUUACAAGUGGACUGAGCUAGUGAGACCUUUCCGGGAAAUAGCCAUGCAUCGUCUGAUCGCCUCCACUGCUUUACAUGCAAAUGCAGAGGCUUAGCUGCCCAGCUGAGGUAGGAUUUUUAUUUUUAUAUCUUCUCACAAACCUUGCAACAUUAAAUCACCCACAUCCCUAGGCGGGGAGACACCCCUUUUCCCAUGUUGGUGACAGCUUUUAAUUGUUAAAAGGGCGUGGGAUAUUCCGAUCUCUAAUCCGGAUUUAGUUGGAGCUUUCUGCUGGCAGUUGUGGCUAUGGGAUAUAUUACUGCAUUAUUUGUUCCUGGGGAGAAAAUGGACUUGAACAUCAUGAAAGUUGGUAGUUCUGCUUCUAGUCUUUCGAUACAAAGUUGGGCAAAGCAUUUGCUUGACCCUAGCCUCUUUUGCUAUGGUCCUAAUGAAAGUGGCAACAAUUCAACCUGCAAGUGGAGUCUCUCAUGAUGGCAAACUUUCUCACAAAAAAGCCUUUCUAGAUAUAUGAAGUUUGGUAUCAAGGCAAAGGCUAGACUGGAGUUUUUCUCCCUGACACAGUAUCUUUGACAUGGGGUAAUAUGGAGGAAUGUUCAGUCACGUAAUGUUAACUCAAAGCCCAGACCCAGAUCUACCACACCAGGGGAAUGACACCAAUGUAACGGACCUAUUUUCUUCCCCAAGUCCACCUGUCCUUUCCACUAUAGCUGGAGCGCAGUGUAGGGGAGUGUUUUUGGUUUCGGUUGCUCAUUCUGUUUUUUCCCAGUACUUCUGUGAAACACUGACCUAAUUCUUCUGAAAAACAAUGACAUUUAAAAUUCUAAAGAAGUUGCUCAGGGAGAAAUCAAGCACCACUAUCAUCUUUAAAAAUAAAGUAACCGCAGGCACGCCAUCACAUGCAACAAUAAAGAGUGGCAAAAUAGGACAUUUUAUCAGAAUUAUCUGGAAGAGAACUGUGACCACAAAAGAGGCUUUUAGAACUGUGUUUAAUGUUUAAACUGAAGAGCUUAGGGAAUUGAUUAGUUCCCCCUGGAUGUUCAGUGGUCCCUGAAACAGGGAAAGACACACACACACACACACACACACACACACACACGUGCUUCCCGUUAAUACACAACAGGUCCAUUUCAUGAGUUUCCAACUUUCUCCUGCAGGAAAAUGCGUAGGAAGGAAUUUAGCCUAAAAUCUGGGUCCUACCCACACACCCUCAUGAUGAGGCCCUCACUAUUAAAGACAUGUUAAACUGUGACAGCCAUGUUGAAACAAAGAUCCAGCAGCAGGAAGAGAACAAAGCAGCAUCUAAAGAGAUACGACACACAAAUAAAAGCUUGCCCAAAGUGUGUUGAUGCCAUAAUUCAAACUAUUUUCCUGCAUCAGAACGAGAUCUGGGGCGGCCAACACUGAACUGUGACUUCAAAUCCAAAGGUUGCAAUAUUGCACAAACAAACACUAAGCGAAUCUGCAUCACUGAUUUGGGCUUAGUCCCAAAUACAUCCACCAAAGGCCUCUAUGGGCAGAGAAACAGAAACAUAAAUAUGGGCACCUGGCUAGCCAAGAGUCUACAGCUACAAUGCGAGUUACCAGAAAAAACUGAAGUUAGCAAAAAGCGGGACAGAUACAACUUCACUUUAUAGCACUACUUCCGCUGAAUACUAAAUCAGCCACAGCAAAUAGGCUACCCUAACCCCGAUCUGACCGAACACAAACAGGAAGUGGAUGCUGGGGGGGGGGGUGAGCAGAACAUUCAAAACAAGCCAAUUUACAGACAAAGUGACAGAGAUAAGCCUGAGAUGCUUUCUCCUCCAGUAUUCGCAGGCCGAAGAAAAAGAUGAAUUGGAAUUGUGCCCAAUGUUGCAGAAGACAAAAUUCUACAAUGAGGAAUGGUAAUCACAUAGUGAUUUUUCACAGGACCCAAAAUGGAAGGAAAUGACAAUGACUUUGGGUGUGAUCCAGCCAGAAUAAAGUAUAUUUAAGUCCCAUUUAUUUCAGUGGAAGAGUUAAGCAUAUGCUUAUUUUAAAGCGAUUAACAGGCUGUAUUUUGCCCAUAACUUAGUCCUUGCCAACAAUAUAUGCUUACUCUGAGGUGGGUCAGGUGGUACUUAUCUCUGCACCCAAUCCUUGAGUGAUACUUUCAGUGGCUUGUUCAUUUUGUAAUCUGUGGUGCACCAGCUGGACCAAAACAAAAGUAGAAGCAUAUGCCUUAAUUAAAGCAUUUAGCAUUGGAGGCGGACCUGAGUUAUUUUCACACAAUGUUCAUGUUCAAUGUACAUGUUCCUGAAUUAACCCUAUUUUCAUCUUGGCAUCAUUAGUCCUUUCCACAUGCUUUCUUGUGCACGUUAUCGUAUAUAAAAUACUCAAUUUUAGAGCCAACACCUGACCUUUUAGGGCUGCAACUCUCAAACUCAAGAUUGUAUGAAAUCUGCUAUUUCAUAUCCAAACACCAACAUUUUAGGACUGAGCCCUGAAAGUUGAGACUGGCAGAUAUGAGAAAUGAAGUUACAUAGUUAAAAUCAAACCACUCUCUCAGAUUUUGAAAUUCUGUAAAAUAUAUGGUUGAGGCAUAAAUGAAUAAUUAAACUAGUCUCAUUUUUAUAUCCCUGAGUUUCAGAACUUCCAAAAGCCAGGUAUGAAGAUUUUACUAUCAAGAAUAAUAUCAGGAGGGAGCCGGAAAAGGGAAAUAUGUAUUAUUGAGGAUAUUAAAUGGUAA